GUGGCAAAUGAAAUAUGAACAACUCGUUUAUCUUCUGGCCAAGUGUCAUCUCAACCAUCCAACUGUCCAAAAAUUAGGACGUGUAUUGAACUUUUACCCCUACCGCACCGUAAAAUUUCUUACAAUUCUUACCCGCGCACACCGCUACAACGACUGUAACCGUCAUGGCGCCGGAGACACAUUUUCCGCUGCUGGAGCCUCUGAUCACAUCCGCACCGGAAAUCAUACCAGAAACGACGGCGGAACCAAACGCCAAUAUCGCCGCUCCUCCCGCCUUAGCUCCAAAACGGCAACGUCGUCCAAGCGUCCGUUUAGGUGAGAUCGGCGAUCAACGCGACACCUCGCGUCUCUAUAACCAUCUCGCGUUGAGUUGGAGAGUUCCGAAAGAACCUUCCAGAACCUCGAAAGCACGAACCGCAACAAAUCUCGCAAACGGAGGAGACAAUUCCGGUAACCAACGAAGAGGCAAAGCUAAGCGAGGCUCAACGAAACGAUUGAGAUCGGAUCAUGCUCCGAAACCGAUCGACGAGAACGGUAGUGAAAGAUUCAUGAAUUUCGAUCACAAUCAUGAUCAUAAUCGAAAUAGCCAUACACACUCUGUUGAUGAGAACGGUAACGAUUACUGGCAUGUGGAUCCAUACAAUGGUGAUAGAAUUAGGGGUUUGGAAAUCGAAGGCGGUGAAUCGGAAUCGAGGGAACAAAGAAAGAACGAGGGAGUGUUAUCUUGGUUAUUUGAAUUAAGGUUGAGUAGGUAUGCUCCAAUAUUUGAGAUUCAUGAGGUUGAUGAUGAUUUACUUCCCCUGUUGACAUUGGAAGAUCUCAAAGAUAUGGGAAUUAGUGCUGUUGGUUCAAGAAGGAAAAUGUUCACUGCAAUCCAGAAACUUCGAAAAGGGGUUCCAUGAUCAAUGUAUGUAUGUGUGUAUAAUGUGUAGUAUAUCAAUGUGUGUAUAAUGUGCAGGAGUAGUUUGCAGGGUUUUAAAUAGCGGUCGCAGUAAUGGUUGCAGUUGCAUCGUGAUUAUUGAUAUUACAGUUAAGUGCGGCUGAUGCAAUCACAUUUUGGUUUUGGUGGUGUCAAAACCCGUUUUGUUGCCAUUACUGUGGCGGCAUACCUUUAUUUAAAACUCUAGUAGUUAGUUUUGUUGACUUUGUUUUGUGUGGCUUGAAUUUGUGGAUAGAAUAAAAUGCUUGAAUGUAUAAGUCCUAAGAGUUUUUUUGUUGUGUA